UGUGGUGGACGGCAAAGCGGCCUUUCCUUAAUGGACCUGGCAUUGGAAGGGGUCUAAGUUGCCAUCUAGGAGCACCCGCUGUUUUUCACCUAGGCACCAGAGAAACGUCCUUGACGAGAGCGAGGAUUAUCGUCAAAUGAAGCUGGAGAGAACCAAGCUGGUACAGGCCCGGCGCACACCCGCCCCGUGCCCAGACGGCGGGCACACCUUCCGUCUGUAAACAGCCAGCCGUGGAAAGGCAAACAGGUGACACGUAGGCUGACAGCUGGCCCCGACGGGUGGAGCAAGGAAAAAGUCUUCCCACCGGCGAUCCCAAGGAGGCCCGGAUCCGGAUGUCCCCUUCUCCCAGGUGGUCGUGAGCCUCUCCUGAGCGGAGCCACGGCCGGAGAGAGGGCCGAGCCUGGAAAAGCGGAGGAGGAUCUCUGGACGCUCGCCCCGCGUUGGCUUGAAUUUCCCGUUGACGGAUCGCCACGGAGAUUGAGGUGAACCACUGAGUCCUCAUUAUGUCUGAUGGGGACUACGAUUACCUUAUCAAGUUUUUAGCCCUGGGAGACUCUGGGGUAGGGAAGACAAGCGUGCUUUAUCAGUACACGGACGGCAAAUUCAACUCCAAGUUCAUUACCACGGUGGGCAUUGACUUCAGGGAAAAGAGAGUGGUGUACAGAGCCAACGGACCCGAUGGAAGCGUCGGCAGAGGACAGAGAAUCCACCUGCAGCUCUGGGACACGGCAGGCCAGGAGAGGUUUCGUAGCCUGACGACCGCUUUCUUCAGAGAUGCCAUGGGCUUUCUUCUGCUUUUUGAUCUGACCAACGAACAGAGUUUCCUCAACGUCCGAAAUUGGAUCAGCCAGCUGCAAAUGCACGCGUAUUGUGAGAACCCCGACAUUGUGUUGUGCGGCAACAAGAGUGACCUAGAGGAGCAGAGGGUAGUCAGAGAAGAGGAGGCCAGAGACUUGGCUGAGAAAUAUGGAAUCCCGUACCUCGAGACGAGUGCCGCCACCGGCGCCAACGUGGGCAAGGCCAUCGAGACGCUCCUGGAUCUGAUCAUGAAGCGCAUGGAACGGUGCGUGGACCGCUCCUGGAUCCCGGAAGGGGUGGUCCGCUCCAACGGCCCCGGCUCCCCCGACCGCUUCCAGGACAAGGAGAAGGGCGGGUGCGGUUGUUGAGCGGCCGGGAAGGCCGUGGCGGAGCCGGGGGAGACUCCCGGUCGGGAUCGGCCGCGGUUGCAGUCGAAGGGGGAAUCCCACGGCGGGCAGGAUGGGCAGUGCCAAUCCCCCUUUGAUCCCGGCUGGGUCGGCGUCCGUCCAUCCGUCUGUCCUUAGUCCCGGGCCUCGCUCCGCCACCUCAGCCCGCGACGGUGGUCUCUGGAAGCCGUCUCCCGCCAGACGCACGUGCCCGGGCGGAGAUCCCGGGGGCCCUUCGCGUCGCUUUCCCAACUCUCCCCUCUUCCCGAGCCCGGGAAAACGCCGUCGGCUUAGGCCUCGGAAAACGCCGUCGGCUUAGGCCUUGGAAAACGCCGUCGGCUUCGGCCUUGGAAAACGCCGUCGGCUUCGGCCCCGGAAAACGCCGUCGGAUUAGGCCUCGCGUGGCACCGCUCCGACUUGAGUUUUCUAAACCCCAACCGAUCCCGUCUAGGAAACUCAACCGGGCGCGGCUGCGGUAGCCGGUUGAGUCCUUUUCCGGGGAUGCCCGCUCACCUCCCCGCCGUUGUGUCUUAACAGGACCGAGGGGCGGAAUAGGCGCCAGCCCUGUUUCCGCCGAGCUGUCGCUCUGCCCUGAAAUCGCACCACACUCGGGAAGCACCUUUCCCUUCAAACCUGGAUCGAAAAUAUGGGUCCGGUGCGGGGGAGACGUGACACCUGGAAAUCUCCACGAUUUGGCGGUUGGGUGGCAAACACAAGUCGCCGGAGCCUAUUUCAUCUCCCCCCCCGUCCAUUUCCUGUCCCAAUUUAGCGGAACUGUGGGAGAGCAUUUUUUCACUAUGAUAAUUGAUUUUUUGGGGGGUGGGUGGGAAUACUCUUUUUCACUACCCUCGAGGGGAUUUUUAUUUGCCCUCCAAUAGAUGGGAAGUCUCAGCCGAUUGCGAAGAUGAAUAUAACCAUGGUAAUGA